AUGAAGGUCAUUAUAGUUGGCGGUGGGAUCGCCGGACUGGCCGCUGCGAUUGGACUCCGUCGUGCCGGCCACAAGGUGCAGAUUUUCGAACGCUCCUCGUUCCUCCGCGAAGUCGGUGCAGCAAUCCAUGUCCAGCCGAACGCUUCCCGGAUUCUCUCACAUUGGGGUUUCGACCCUAAGAGAGCUCGCUUUGUGAAGGGUCUUCGAACAAUGGUGGUACCAGGAACAUCGCUCACAUCCAACGUCGGGGUGGACUGCUCCCACUUUGUUAAGACGUAUGGUGCACCCUGGUAUCUGGCUCAUCGGGUCGACUUGCACUCCGAACUGCGGCGCCUGGCGACGACAUCGGACGCGCCGGGAUUCCCCGUGGAGAUCAUCUUGCGGUCUGAGGUAGUUGGCUUCGACGCUGAGAAUGGGUCGAUUACUUUGGCCGAUGGGUCAAUUCAUCGAGCGGACCUUGUUGUCGCUGCAGAUGGUGUACAUACUACCGCUAUUCACCAGGUCAUCGGCCAUGCGACGCCGGCUGUCGCCACGGGUUCCGCUGCGUUUCGGUUUCUGAUUCCGACGGAGGAUAUCAAGCAAGAUUCUGAGACGGCGCACCUUUUGGAGGAUGGUUUGAUGAGGAUAUACGUUGCGGAAGGUGUACGGCGACUAAUCUGUAACACAGUUGAGAAUUUUGUGGGCAUACAUUUGUAUGAGCGCGGCGAUGGUCAAAAAGAAGACUGGAACCUGUCCGCCGAUGUCAGCGACGUUCUCGCUCAAUACCAGGACUUUCAUCCAACGCUUCUAAGAAUUAUCAAAAAAGCAACGAGCAUCAAACGGUGGCCGCUCCUCUACCGCGAUCCCAUCCCAACCUGGAGUCGCGGACGCCUCGUGCUGAUAGGCGAUGCUGCACACCCAAUGCUCCCUCACCAAGGCCAAGGCGGCGCCCAGGCAAUCGAGGACGGCGGUGCCCUGGGUGAGAUCUUCGCGCGCAUGCCGGAUCACCCGACACAAGACGACAUCCGGGAUCGUCUAGCGCUGUUUGAGAAGGUGCGUGUCCACCGUGCGUCUGUAAUAACAAUAUUCUCCAAUGCCGGGCAGGACCAGGGGUGGAAGGUCAAGGAACGCGCGCAGCAGUAUAUGCCGGAGGGGGCCAAGGUCCCUUCGUCACCGCCGGAGUUUAUGGAGCAUAAUUUUCGGUGUGACGUGUUGGAGGAGAGUCGGCGGUUGUUGGAGUUGUAUCUGAGUGGAGAGUCGGUGGUUUGA